GCAAGCGGACGUAUGGAUUGCCGAUCGAGGUUGUUGAUCGGGCUCUCCGGAAACCGACCAAGUAGCUUACGUGAUCAGUGACCACACCUCUCGUACAUACGUCGUGUGCGCCGUUCAUCUCGAUAAGAUCUACUUAGGUCCUCACGCUCACGCCGGCACAUUUGUUACAUCUGAACGGACGGCGUCGCCACUUGCACUCGCACGCUGCAACAUAGCUGCCUCCACUCCUCCACACACUAGCGCCGCUGUCCAGCUGAUUUGCUUCGAGAUGGACAUGUGCAUGGGCAUGGCCAAGCUGCUGCUGCUGCUGCUGCUCCUCGUGGUCACCGCCGGCCACGGCCACCCGGCGGCGGGGAAGGAGAGGAACACCAUCACGCACGUCAAGGGGUUCGACGGCCCGCUGCCCUUCGCCCUGGAGACCGGGUACGUGGAGGUGGACGAGGCGCGCGGCGCCGAGCUCUUCUACUACUUCAUCCAGUCGGAGCGCAGCCCGCGGGAGGACCCGCUCAUCCUCUGGAUCACCGGCGGCCCCGGCUGCUCCGCGCUCUCCGGGCUCCUCUUCGAGAUCGGGCCCCUCAAGUUCGACGUCGCCGGCUACACCGAGGGCUUCCCGCGCCUCGUCUACUUCGAGGACUCGUGGACCCGGGUCAGCAACGUCAUCUUCCUCGACGCGCCCGUGGGCACGGGAUUCUCCUACGCGCGCGACGAGCGGGGCCUCGACGUCAGCCUCACCGGCACCGGCACGCACCUCCGGGUCUUCCUGCAGCGCUGGAUCGCCGAUCAUCCUGAGUUCGCCUCCAACCCGCUCUACAUCGGCGGCGACUCCUACUCCGGGUACACCGUCCCCGUCGCCGCGCUCGAGAUCGCCGACCAGCCGGAUAGCGCAGGCCUGAACCUCAAGGGGUACCUGGUGGGCAACGCCGGCACGGACGACAAGUACGACUCCGGCGGCAAGGUCCCCUUCAUGCACGGCAUGGGGCUCAUCUCCGACGAGCUCUACGAGGCGGCGAAGGGCAGCUGCGGCGGGGACUUCGUGACGACGCCCCGGAACGCGCAGUGCGCCAACGCGCUCAUGGCGAUCACCAUGGCCACCUUCGCCGUGAACCCGGUGCACAUCCUGGAGCCCAUGUGCGGGCUGGCGCUGCGCCCUCCGACCCCGAUCAGCAGCAUCGUCUCCACAGGCACGGGGAGACGGUCGGCGAGGCUGCUGGUGCAGGAGGCGGACCGGCUGGCGCUCCCGGUGGAGUGCCGGGACAACGGGUACCGGCUGUCGUACGCCUGGGCCGACGACGCGGAGGUGAGGGCGACGCUGGGCAUCCGGGAGGGGUCGGUCGGCGCGUGGAGCCGGUGCGUGACGCUGACGCACUUCCGGCACGACGUGGCCAGCACCGUGCCGUACCACGCCAACCUGACGCGGCGCGGCUACCGCGCGCUGGUGUACAACGGCGACCACGACAUGGACAUGACCUUCGUGGGCACGCAGGCGUGGAUCCGGACGCUGGGGUACCCCGCGGUGGCGCCGUGGCGGCCGUGGUACGCCAACCGGCAGGUCGCCGGGUUCACGACGGAGUACGCCCACAACCUCACCUUCGCCACCGUCAAGGGCGGCGGCCACACCGCGCCCGAGUACCGCCCCAAGGAGUGCCUCGCCAUGCUCGACAGGUGGACCUCCGCCGACGGCAGGCUCUGAGCCUCUGACCUCGGCCGACGGAGUACUAUACUGCAUACGAGUACAAAUGAGUACUGUAUAAUUCGAUUUGGAUCAGUGCUAUAGCUGUUCACAUCAUUUCAUGUACGGUGUCGUACUAUUGAUUGAAGUGCCAUGCACACGAGAGGACGAAGACAUAAAUAAAAGUCAGAAAAACCUGGAGGGUUCCAUUGAGUC